CCGCAGAUCUUCAUCGACAGGGACCCCACCGUCUUCGCCCCCAUCCUCAACUUUCUGCGAACCAAAGAGUUGGACCCCAGGGGUGUCCAUGGUUCCAGCCUCCUCCACGAAGCCCAGUUCUAUGGGCUCACUCCUCUGGUUCGUCGCCUGCAGCUGCGGGAGGAGUUGGACCGAUCUUCCUGCGGAAACGUCCUCUUCAAUGGUUACCUGCCCCCACCGGUGUGCCCAGUGAAGCGGUGGAACCGGCACAGCAUGGCGGGACCCCAGCAAGUCGGGGGGCGCCCAGCCCCUGUUCAAAGGAGCAACACAAUGCCUCCCAACCUGGGCAGUGCAGGGCUGCUGGGCCGAAUGCUGGAUGAGAAGGCCCCUCCCGUCCCUUCGGGGCCAUCGGAGGAGCCAGGGAUGGUGCGCCUGGUGUGUGGACACCACAAUUGGAUCGCCGUGGCCUAUACCCAGUUUCUUGUCUGCUAUAGGCUGAAGAAAGCCUCUGGCUGGCAGCUGGUGUUUUCCAGCCCCCGCCUGGACUGGCCCAUUGAGCGACUGGCACUCACAGCCCGGGUGCCUGGUGGGGCUUUGGGUGAGCAUGACAAGAUGGUAGCUGCAGCCACAGGCAGUGAGAUCCUGCUGUGGGCUCUGCAGGAGGAAGGAGGCGACUCUGAGAUCGGAGUAUUCCAUCUGGGGGUACCUGUGGAGGCCUUGUUCUUCGUUGGGAACCAGCUCAUUGCCACUAGCCACACGGGACGGAUCGGGGUGUGGAAUGCUGUCACCAAGCACUGGCAGGUCCAGGAAGUGCAGCCCAUCACCAGUUACGACGCAGCCGGCUCCUUCCUCCUCCUGGGUUGCAACAACGGCUCCAUCUAUUACGUGGAUGUGCAGAAGUUUCCCCUGCGCAUGAAGGACAAUGACCUCCUCGUCAGCGAGCUCUACCGAGACCCGGCAGAAGAUGGGGUCACCGCUCUCAGUGUCUACCUCACCCCCAAGACCAGUGACAGUGGGAACUGGAUCGAGAUUGCCUAUGGCACCAGCUCGGGGGGUGUACGGGUCAUCGUGCAGCACCCUGAGACGGUAGGCUCGGGGCCUCGGCUCUUCCAGACCUUCACUGUGCACCGCAGCCCCGUCACCAAGAUCAUGCUGUCGGAGAAGCAUCUCAUCUCAGUCUGUGCCGACAACAACCACGUGAGGACAUGGUCUGUGACUCGCUUCCGAGGCAUGAUUUCCACCCAGCCUGGCUCCACCCCGCUCGCCUCCUUCAAGAUCCUGGCGCUGGAGUCGGCUGACGGCCAUGGCGGCUGCAGUGCUGGCAACGACAUCGGUCCCUACGGCGAGCGGGAUGACCAGCAAGUGUUCAUCCAGAAGGUGGUGCCCAGUGCCAGCCAGCUCUUUGUGCGUCUCUCAUCUACUGGCCGGCGGGUGUGCUCCGUGCGCUCGGUGGAUGGCUCCCCCACGACGGCCUUCACGGUGCUGGAAUGUGAGGGCUCCCGGUGGCUCGGCUCUCGGCCCCGGCGCUACCUGCUCACCGGCCAGGCCAACGGCAGCCUAGCCAUGUGGGACCUGACCACUGCCAUGGACGGCCUCGGCCAGGCCCCUGCAGGUGGCCUGACAGAGGAAGAGCUGAUGGAACAGCUGGAGCAGUGUGAGCUGGCCCCACCGGCCCCCUGGAGGGGCUCUCUCCCCAGCCCCUCCCCCCGCACCUCUCUCACCAGUCUCCAUUCAGCCUCCAGCAACGCCUCCCUGUCUGGCUGCCAUGGGAGCCCUAGCCCGCCGCAGGCUGAGGCCCGGCGCAGUGGAGGAGGCAGCUUCGUGGAACGCUGCCAGGAACUGGUGCGGAGUGGGCCGGAGCCCCGACGGCCACCAACACCAGCCCCUCGGCCCUCCACGGGUCCCGGUGCUCCCCUCACACCUCCCAAGAUGAAGCUCAAUGAAACUUCCUUUUGAACACAGCUGCCAUGGUGCCUUAGAAUACCUUGGUCCUGGAGGACUCAGGUGUCCCCGUUUCCUGUUGGAGUCCUGGGUUCAGGGCCAGGGCCUCCUUAGUGUGGUCACUGUUACUAGGUUCCCACCUUCCCUUUUUUCUGGAAGCCAAAGUAACCCUCCCCAAUAAAGUCCUCACUGCCAA